UGCUUCUGGUUUUAGGUUGUUUCCACCUUUUGUGCUCGAGAGGAAAUUAAGCUUCUCUGCCAUGGGAGUAAUCCAUGCUCUCCACACCGCCUUUGGCAUUUUAGGAAUUUUAAAUAGUUUGUUACUCCUCUUGGCGCCUAUGAUUACCUUUCAGAGGGUGAUUAGAAAGAGAUCGACUGAAAUUUUUUCAGGCAUACCAUAUGUUAUUAGUCUGUUCAACUGCUUGUUCUCAGUGUGGUAU